AUGCGACAACGAAAAGUUGUAAUAUCAACUCAAGACAUGGCUUUGAAUGAUUUAUCAAUACCGACUCCCAUGGACUUGAUUGAUGUCAUGAGUCAAGGCAAUGAAACGUUUGGAUUAAUGAAUGUCGAAGAGAUGCACUCUGCGAUCAAUCAAAAUCUCACUAAAAAUGAUCCACGACGCAUUGAACUUCUACUCAUGACCGCCAUGAAAGCUACAAGGGCAAACAAAUUUGACGAAGCUAUCGAAUGUUUAAGAGAUGCUCUUUUGAUUCCGUGUACUGAUGAUGAACGUGCUAGUGUAUACAGUCAACUAGCAGAAGUCUACGAAAAACAAAAAAAUUGGUCAGCAGCCCUUGAAAAUUACGAAAACAUUUUUAGAAUGCCGCAAAUAUCGGAGGCAUCAUCAGAUCUUCGUCUUGCACAUAUUUCGACUGCGAAAAUAUAUGCAGAAAUUGGAGAUGAUCACAACUCGAUAUUACACUAUAAAAGCGGAGUACAACUUUAUUGCCAACACAAAUCGCCUCAUCAUCCUCUUGUCAGUUCAUGCAAAAUUCAGAUUGGAUCGAAGUUCUUAAAAUUGGGAGAUAUGGAUGCUGCUCUUAAGACUUUUCAGGAAGUUAUUGAACUUGGCUAUCCUGAUGAUGUAAAAGUCGCUUACAAUAAGAUUGCCAUAAUUUUCGGCUUGAGAGAAGAUUAUGAUAUGGCAUACUAUAACUUCAUUGAAAGUCUGAAUAUUUCACAAAGUGAAAUUCCUCCAGAUAUUGAUUUGAUUAUCGGCACUCAUCUACAUCUGGCUCGUAUCGAGUGCCUGCGCAAUUAUUUUGAUGAAGGAUAUGUUCAUCUGAAUGAGGCCGUAAUCAUCUCUGAGAAUCAUAAAUGUACUGAAGAAACACAAAAACAAAUUCAAUUUCUACUUAAGAAUUUUUCUGAUCUGCAGUGCCAUGGGCAGCCGAAUAACCGUAAUUCAGACAAUAAUUCGUGA